UGUAAUAAAAGGUAAAGAACUGUCACUAAAUUCUUGGAUUUGCUCUUAAGUAAUCAGUUUAACUUUAUUUUGAAUGAAGCCACACGCUUUCUGCAACAGUUCCCAGGAUGCCUUUCUGCUUGGAAUGCAGACACUAAUAAUCUAUUCCUUUCAUUCACCAAGUCAUCUUGGAUUCUUUUAUAUCUACAUCUACUAAACUCAACAUUAUAGCAAAUGAAUACCUUUUACUUUGGCAUCUGGUAGUGGCCGAGUAAACACCAUAAGGGCUAGGUCAGCUUCUCCUUGUUGGAAGUAAUUCCUCGAGAAACUCUACAGCCACAACAGCAAGUAUCAAAAAAAAAAUCUGCUACCUGUCAAGAAACCGAUAAUCUCACCAGUUGUAGAGGAGACAUUUUCACAAAGCUGCAAUUGCAGGUUGCUUUGAGUUCAUUUGACCAUGGAGAUUUUCGAUUCAUCUGCAAGGCAGACGCGAAACGGAGACCAUAUUUCAAUUGACAUCAGGCAUGGCGACCAUCUCUUAGCUUCUAUCAGAAGAAAAAUGGAGACGAUUUCUUGUUCGCAUUCCAUUUGCAGGGUCAAGGAAAACAUUCGCAAUGCAAAUGAGAAGGCAUACAUCCCUGACAAAGUUUCAAUUGGUCCAUACCACCAUGGCAAGCAAGGAUUGGAAACCAUGGAAGAGCACAAGUGGCGGUACAUGUAUGCACUCCUCAGUCGAAAGCCAGACCUGGAAGCAUCCCUGGAUGAUUGUCUCACAGCUCUAAGGGAGGUGGAACAUAGAGCACGUGCAUGCUAUGAAGAAGAGAUCAACGUCACAGAUGAUGAAUUCCUGCAAAUGAUGUUAGUUGAUGGUUGUUUCAUCAUUGAACUCUUCCUGAAGUACUCUAUAAAGAGUUUAAGACGCCGCAAUGAUCCUGUAUUCACCACUCCUGGAAUGCUCUUCGAUUUGAGAUCCAAUUUGAUGUUACUAGAAAAUCAAAUUCCCUUAUUCAUUCUUCAAAGACUAUUUGAAGUGGUCCCAACUCCUAAACAAUGCACGCAUUCCCUCGCCACGCUCGCCUUUCAUUUCUUCAAGUAUAUGAUUCCAGGAGAUCCACAAAUCCAUCAGCAGAAGUUUAACCAGGAAGGGAACCAUAUACUCGACUUAAUCUGCCACUGUCUGCUUCCAAGAUACCCAAGAGUGCCGGGAACCAAGUCAGAUCAGAAACAUUUUCGUUGCGCAACAGAACUCCAAGCAGCAGGAAUUAGGAUCAAGAGGGCCAGAACAAAAAACUUAUUGGACAUAAAGUUUGUCAGCGGAGUCCUUGAAAUCCCAAAUGUACUAAUCCAUCAAUACACGGAAAGUCUCUUCAAGAAUCUCAUUGCGCUAGAGCAUUGUUCAGGUGACAGCGUGCAACACAUCACCUCCUACGUUUUUCUCAUGAAGAGCCUAAUUGGAAGUGACGAAGAUGUGAAGUUACUUAAAAAAAAAGACAUUCUCACAAACUAUGAUGUCACCGAGAAAGAGGUUGCUAAACUGUUUGAGAAGUCAUGUGAGGAGGUGAAUUUGAGUGAAUCUUAUUAUGAUGGGUUGUUUGAACAAGUGAAAGGGCAUAAAAGCACCAGGACGACUUGGCAUCUACGGUUUGAGGAAUUUAAGCGAAGUUAUCGUAGAAAUCCUAUGCGACGUUUAGUUGUUCUUGUUUCAAUUUGGGCCUUCUGUCUCGCCCUUGUAGGAACCUUAGUUUCCGUACUUAUUGUUGUUCUUCAUCGUUUUUAGAAUUUCUUAAGCAUCUUAAAUCUUGCUAAUUACCAUUUGAUGGCUUAAAUGUUGCUA